UCGGAGGUGAGCACAUAAUUAUUUAAGUUAAGAGAAGGGGGCGAGCUUUGAGAAUGAAUGGGGAGGGUGCAGCAGAGGGAGGGAGAGAGGAGAUCCAUCCCCCCCUAGACCGCUGGAAACAAAUUUUUGGACCAUGGAGGACAGAACAAGACAAUCGAUUGGUCAAUGCUAUGACGAGGGGGUGGUUUAGUUAGUAGACAACGUGGGAGAGGUAGUGAUUGAUGGGAGAGGGAAAUGCGCUUCCCUCUCCCAUCAAUCACUACCUCUCCCACGAAGGACAGGGAGGAUCGAGACUUCGAGACCCCAGGGUGCGGAGGGCGAGGAGAGGACAAAGUGCAGAACCGACAAGUAUUCCAAUUACGAUAAGAGAAGAGGAGCAGGGAAAUGCACAAGGGGAUUGGAGGGGGAACCAAUCUGGCCUGUCCUCCUCCUCAAGAUCGAGGGUGGAGAUGGGAAGUGAGUUUGUUGGGGACGACCGUUCACUGGGGGGCACUGGAUUCCUACAGGCAGAAGGCUCAGAAUCAUCAACUGGAAGCUCAGGAGCUGCACAAGCACGGGGAGAGGGAGAUUCGGACACAUCAAGUAAACAAGAAUACAGGUCCCAACAGAGACGGGAUCCAAGACCAAUUGAAAGGAGGAUGGUCUCACUUGUCUGUGCAAUGGCAGGCAGCUCUCCUUUCUUCUUGGGGUUGACGCAGGUGAACGGGCGGCCAUACAUACCAUCUGUGACUACGACAAAGUCGCCACUUCCAGGGGAGAUUGUGACUCAAACGAAGUUCCUCUUUGGGGAUGUAUUUCCAAUUAGGAUCAUCCCACGAUCAGUGAUGGUAAGCUGUGUGGUGCCAUUGGAGGAAAGGAUCUUGAAAUUUUCUUUUCCUAUCUUGGAUGCCAGGUUGGACACCGCUACUGCAGAAGCUAUGACCCAGGCAGGGGUUAAAUGGUUCAACUUGGAGGCAGUGAAGGAGGAGAAUAGUCAUGAGCUGGAGGCAAUAGCGGUGUCAGAGAAAGUCUCGGCGCUGAUACUACUGCAGGUCAAUGAGAAGCUGCCUUCCAGACAAAACCUGCAAUCCAAGUUCACACUAGAGGCACUAGUGGACAGCUGGCGCGCAGCUACUCAGUCUAGCAGAUCGGGUAGCAGUGGACGGCGAAGCCCGAUGCACCAGUCUCCGACAGGCCCAAUGCCCAGGGACCGAGAAGAGGUUAUAAGGCGUAGACUGGACUACUGCUUAGUGGGCAAAGGACUGACACAGGCGGUGACGCAUGUGUACCAGAAGCCCCAUCCGCUGUCGGAUCACAAACCAGUGAUCAUGGACCUUGCAUCGGUGGGAGAGGGAGGAAGAGGGCGUGGUUAUUUCAAACUGAACGCGCAGAACUUGGAGGAUCCGGGGUUAACCUCCUGGGUUAAAGAACACAUGGAGUUGUGGACGCUGGUCAAACCACAGUUCACUUCAACAGCGGAAUGGUUAGAUGGGGGUCUGGCCGUGAUCUCAGGGGUAAUGGAUGUGAGCUCCAGGAUUCUAGCACGAGAGCGUAACAGAGAAGAGGACCAAUGCAGGAGGGUUGAAGAGGCAGAGAGGAGACUGGAGAUGCACCCGAUCUCAGAGUUAGUUUGGGCAAAGGAGAGAGAGAGCAGGUUGGCUGCCUGGGAGAAAGUACAGAUGGAGAAACAGCUAAGAUGGGAAGAGCUGUUGAAAAUAAAGGGUCUGCUGGUAGACGACAAAAUGACAAAGGAGAACUUCCAUAAGCUACUCCCAAGUACUUCCUUUCAGCAAGUGGUACGGCUGAUUCACCCUUUCGAUUGGGGAGCGCCAUCGGCUACCUCACAGGAGGACAUGCUCGAGUACGCGAAGGUCUACUACGCGGACAUUCUUACAACCAGGCGCUGUCAGGACACUGCAGACUCAGAUCUCUCUCAGGAAUUGGACAUGUGGGAAGAUACCACAGUCCAAAUGGAGGAGGUGGAUCGGCUGGCAUUAGACAGACCAAUCACAGAGGAAGAGUUGAAGCAAACUCUCAAGGUGAUGGCUUCUGGGAAGUGCCCGGGAAGAGAUGGGUUGACAGUGGAGUUCUACCGGGCCUGUUGGGAAGCGAUGGGGCCUGCGCUAGUAGAAGUGUACAAUGAAGUCUUGAUUGGAGGGAAACUGGGAGGGGCUAUGACGCACGGGGUUAUUUUGGUCAUGUUCAAGAAAGGUGAUAAGGCAAACAUUAAGAACUACCGGCCUAUUUCGGUUCUUAAUGUUAGCUGCAAGAUAUUGGCCAAGGCGCUGGCGCUCUGGUUGGGGGGGAUCCUCCCAAAAUUGGUAGAGAGAGAUCAGGGAGCAUUUGUACAGGGAAGAUCUAUCUUUGUCAACAUCUUGACGGCCAUUGAGAGUAUUGAAGUAAUUCAGGGAGAGAACNUUGUACAGGGAAGAUCUAUCUUUGUCAACAUCUUGACGGCCAUUGAGAGUAUUGAAGUAAUUCAGGGAGAGAACUUGGAUCUAGCGAUACUUCUACUGGACAUGGAAAAAGCCUACGACCGGGUCAGUUGGCCUUUCGUGCUGACGACAUUGAAGAAGCUAGGAUUUGGUCAGGGAUUCUGCAGAAUCAUUCAUGAAAAAGAGGUUGACCUCGGAAUUCUGGGAUACAGUGAGAAAGGCAUGGCUGAAGCAACCACUGGAGGAAAGGGAGCCUCCGAGGACUAAAGAGGAGGUGCUGCGGCAGGGAUUGUUCGAAAAUUAUUUUAUUGUGAACGAGGAGGGAGUGAGCUUUCGGGCCAAUGGGUCCU